AUCAUCUCCAAAGUGCCACAUCCCAUGAUUCCCAUCCCAUCAGGAUAAUGCUAGAAGCCUCCAGAAUCCAGUCUCUCUAGAGAAUCCUAUACCUACCCUCUUUAAAUUUAAAUUGCAAGUUUCUGUUUUGCACCUUUUGGACUGAAUUCCUUACCCAUAAAAACAGCUCGAAAGGAUAGCAAUAAAGCUAAGAUAAAUGGCUCUAUUUGGUGACCCCUUCAGGCGAUUUUUCUGGAGUCCCACCAUUUAUCGCACGUCCCCAGGGUCUUCAGCCCUCCUCGACUGGAUUGAAUCCCCAGAUGCCCACAUCUUCAAAAUCAACGUUCCAGGGUUUAGCAAGGAUGAGAUAAAGGUACAAGUGGAAGAAGGGAAUGUAUUGGUGAUAAAGGCGGAAGCAAAAGAGGAGGGUGGUGGGCAGGGGAAGGAAAAAGAUGUGGUGUGGCACGUUGCCGAGAGAGGAGGAGGGAUUACAGGAAAGGCAGCUGGGUUUUCCCGGGAGAUUGAGUUGCCGGAGGAUGUGAAGGCGGAUCAGAUCAGGGCAAGUGUGGAGAAUGGUGUGCUUACCGUGGUUGUACCAAAGGAUACAACUCCUAAGUCUUCUAAAGUCAGGAAUGUUAAUGUCACUAGCAAGCUGUAGAAGAAAUAUGAUGCACAAUCUCGGUGUACUUUAAUCCAUGUUUAAAGGGCAUGCUAAUGAAAUCCAACAUGGAAUAAGGAACUAUGAUGUUCGAUCAAAGUGUUGUAUACCAAAUUCUGUUUUUGAGUGCUAGAGUUUGAAAUGGAAGUUCUCUUUGAGUUAAUCAUCAA